AUGGGCUGGCAUUCAAAAGAAAAAGAAAAUCUGGAAAGUGCACUGGGAGAAUCUACUUUGCUCAUCCUGCAACUGGGGAAACAAUACAAUCUAAGGAUGCUUUUGAAUGUCAUCAAAGGAGCCGUUAAUGACAAGGAGUGGAAUGACUGUCUGUCUGAAGCUGUUGCUUGGGCAACAGGAGAUCAAUUGGGUAAACUUUUUGCAACAAUCUUAGUCGACUGUGAAGUUGCUGAACCAUUUGAAGUUUGGAGAACUAAUAUGGAUAUACUUGCGGAGGAGAUGAGUCAUGACAUAACACCAAUGGGACAGUUACAUGAGCAGUUACAUGAAGGACUUAAUGUUGAUCAAAAGAACAUUCAUGAAUCCAUCACGGAUUCAGUUAAAAGUACUCGGGGCAAAUUAUUCUUUGUUCAUGGACAUGGAGAUGCAUAUGGGGAGUCAAGUUGUGACAUUAACAGAGGAAGUCAAUUAGUAGAAGUUCUUUUGCAGACAUCUCUAAUUAUUUGGGAUGAAGCUCCUAUGGCAAAUGAGUCCUCUUUUGAAGCAUUGGACAAAAGCUUAAGAGAUAUAAUGCAAGACAAAUAUGAUGACAGCAUGGAUAGGCCUUUUGAAGGGAUCAUAAUGGUGCUUGGAGAAGACUUUAGACAAAUACUUCCAGUUGUGCCAAAAGGGAGCAGAAAUGAUAUUGUACAAGCAUCAAUAACUUCAUCCUACUUGUGGAAUCAUUUUGAAGUUCUGGUUUUGAAGAAGAACAUGCGCCUUAGUCGGAAUUCAGAAGAAGAUGAUUUGGUUCCUGUUCCACCCGAUAUCAUGCUAAAUGAAAAUGGAGAUCCUAUAAGAACCAUAGUGGAGGCUACAUAUCCUUCUUUAAGGUCUAACAUUGCAAAUAUUUCUUACACAAAAGAAAGGGCAAUAUUAACUACUAAAAAUGACACAGUGCAUGACAUUAAUAAUGUUGCCAUGAACCUUAUAGAAGGAGAUGAGAUGACAUACUUUAGCUCGGAUUCUAUAUGCAAAUCCUCCACUCAUGUUAAUGAUAGAGGACAAUCUCUAUCCAACUGA